CUUUACAAUCAUUCAAUAAUUUGAUGGUCUUUUUACAGCUCCCAGACCCAUGAAAAUCUCCAACACCCCCAACAACUCCAGCACCAUCACUGGCUUCAUCCUCCUGGGCUUCUCUUGCCCCAAGGAGGGACAGAUCCUCCUCUUUGUGCUCUUCUCUGGUGUCUACCUCCUGACCCUCAUGGGCAAUGGUUCUAUCAUCUGUGCUGUGCACUGGGAUCAGAGACUCCACACCCCCAUGUACAUCCUGCUCGCCAACUUCUCCUUCCUAGAGAUCUGGUAUGUCACCUCCACUGUCCCCAACAUGUUGGCCAACUUCCUCUCGGACAACAAGGUCAUCUCCUUCUCUUGGUGCUUUCUCCAGUUCUACUUUUUCUUCUCCUUGGGUUCUACAGAAUGCCUUUUCUUGGGUAUUAUGGCAUUUGAUCGAUACCUUGCCAUCUGCCGGCCUCUACAUUACCCUACUCUUAUGACUGGCCGUCUCUGCAUCAAUCUUGUGAUCAGCUGCUGGGUGCUUGGUUUCCUCUGGUUCUUGAUUCCCAUCAUCAUCACCUCCCAAAUGUCUUUCUGUGGAUCCAGGAUUAUUGACCACAUUCUAUGUGACCCGGGUCCUCUUCUAGUACUCACUUGCCAAAAAGCUCCUGUGAUGGAGCUUGUCUUCUCCACUUUAAGUCCUCUGCCUCUCAUCAUUACCUUUCUCUUCAUCAUGGGGUCCUAUGCUCUGGUUCUGAGAGCUGUACUGAAAGUCCCUUCAGCAGCUGGACGAAGAAAAGCUUUCUCCACCUGUGGGUCCCAUCUGGCUGUGGUUUCAUUGUUCUGUGGUUCAGUACUGGUCAUGUAUGGGAGCCCAACAUCUGAGCAUGAAGCUGGAAUGCAGAAGAUUGUGACUCUGUUUUAUUCUGUUGUGACUCCACUUCUUAACCCUGUGAUAUAUAGUCUUAGGAACAAAGAUAUGAAAAAGGCCCUUAAGAAAUUUCUGAGACUAUAA